AUGUUCGGCAAACCCCAAUUGGGUCUUUUGAGACCAUGUAAGUACCCUCUAAUACCCGUGGCAUCCAUCAACAACUCUCAAUACCUGUUUUUUCUUCCGACGUGCGUCUCUGGUUCUCACGCAACAGCUGCAGACACAACCUCCGGUCUUACGAAUUUCGGACUUACACGAUGCUUUUCGACAACACCGAUCACCAUGAACUGGCUGCAGCCAAAGUUCGCGGAAAAGUCCAAGUCGCCAAAAGGUCGGCCGAAGAUGCGCACAGGCGGCUCAGUCCGGGGAACAACAGUUGUCCAUGGUGACUACGGCUUGCGGAUGAAGGACCACGAUCGCCGUGUAUCUGCGGCGUCGUUCAAACUCGGCGAGGACACGAUCCGACGACGGCUACGAGGUAUGAAUUAUACUUUAUAUAAGCGCGUGAGUGCGAAUAUCGGUGUAUACACGUCGGGAAAUGAAAUGCGUAUGGGUAAGGGAAAAGGAAAAUUCGACUACUGGGCGGCAAGAGUUCCAGUCAGCAGAAUUGUGUUUGAGAUCAAGGGAGAUAUCCACGAGAAGAUUGCCAGAGAGGCUUUCCGAUUGGCAGCGCACAAGUUGCCGGGCCUUUGGGAGUUUGUCAAGAAAGGCGAGCCGCCAGUUGUUGGAAUCACAAAACUUGGCAACGGAGUUACACUUGAAAGCCUGAAGCGAGCACGAAGAGCGGUUCCUUUGGGAAUGGAGAACAGUCCCAAUCCGCCCAAGACCACCUCUUCCAGCACUUCUCCUUCCCAAUAG